AUGGAUAGUGGUACAGACUCUUCCACCAGCAAGUUUGUUCCCGAAUAUAGACGAACAAACUUCAAGAAUAAAGGCAGAUUUUCUGCAGAUGAACUUCGUCGUCGUAGAGAUACACAACAGGUCGAAUUAAGAAAAGCGAAAAGAGAUGAAGCCUUAGCCAAGAGAAGAAACUUUGUUCCCCCAACUGAUGGCGCUGAUUCUGAUGAAGAAGAUGAGAGCUCCAUUUCGGCAGACCAACAAUUUUACAGCCAGUUGCAACAAGAACUGCCACAAAUGACUCAGCAACUUAACUCUGAUGAUAUGCAAGAGCAAUUGAGUGCUACUGUCAAGUUUAGACAAAUUCUAUCCAGAGAACACCGCCCUCCAAUCGAUAUCGUCAUUCAAGCCGGUGUAGUUCCAAGAUUAGUAGAAUUUAUGCGUGAGAACCAACCGGAAAUGUUACAAUUAGAAGCCGCUUGGGCUUUGACUAACAUUGCAUCAGGUACAUCUGCUCAAACGAAAGUGGUUGUUGAUGCUGAUGCUGUACCUCUUUUCAUUCAACUAUUAUAUACCGGCUCUGUUGAAGUUAAAGAACAAGCCAUUUGGGCUCUAGGUAACGUUGCCGGUGAUUCUACUGACUACAGAGACUAUGUUCUACAAUGCAAUGCCAUGGAGCCAAUUCUAGGUCUUUUCAACUCUAAUAAACCAUCUUUGAUCAGAACCGCUACCUGGACUCUAUCCAAUUUAUGUAGGGGUAAAAAACCACAACCAGAUUGGUCAGUGGUCUCACAAGCCUUGCCAACCUUAGCGAAAUUGAUCUAUUCAAUGGAUACCGAAACUUUAGUUGAUGCUUGUUGGGCCAUCUCCUAUCUAUCUGACGGGCCACAAGAAGCUAUUCAAGCUGUGAUCGAUGUUAGAAUUCCAAAAAGACUAGUUGAAUUACUAAGCCAUGAAUCGACUUUAGUUCAAACUCCUGCUUUAAGAGCCGUAGGUAACAUAGUUACUGGUAAUGAUUUACAAACUCAAGUGGUUAUAAAUGCUGGUGUCUUACCUGCCUUAAGACUUCUACUAAGCUCACCAAAAGAAAAUAUCAAGAAAGAAGCAUGUUGGACCAUUUCUAAUAUUACGGCUGGUAAUACUGAACAAAUUCAGGCGGUAAUUGACGCGAACUUGAUUCCUCCGUUAGUUAAACUCUUGGAAGUUGCAGAAUAUAAAACCAAAAAAGAAGCUUGUUGGGCUAUUUCCAAUGCCUCUUCAGGUGGUUUACAAAGACCGGAUAUUAUAAGAUAUUUGGUAUCUCAAGGUUGUAUAAAACCAUUGUGUGAUUUGUUGGAAAUCGCCGACAACAGAAUCAUCGAAGUUACUUUAGAUGCUCUUGAGAAUAUUCUAAAGAUGGGUGAGGCUGACAAAGAGGCUCGUGGUUUGAAUAUCAAUGAAAACGCUGAUUUUAUCGAAAAAGCCGGUGGUAUGGAAAAGAUUUUCAACUGUCAACAGAAUGAAAAUGACAAGAUUUAUGAAAAAGCAUACAAAAUUAUUGAAACUUAUUUCGGUGAAGAAGAAGACGCCGUAGACGAAACUAUGGCUCCUCAGAAUGCCGGUAAUACUUUCGGCUUUGGUUCUAAUGUCAACCAACAAUUUAAUUUCAACUAA